AUGCAUAUCCAGUCAAUUCCCAUGUGGACCGGUAAAGGCAAUAACUACGCCCACCUGGUCACCGAUGAACCAACCAAGAAAUCAGUCAUCAUCGACCCUGCCAACCCUCCAGAGGUGGCCCCGGAAUUGAAAGCCCAACUCGGGGCGAACAAAAUUGAUUUGAUGGCUAUUGUCAAUACUCACCACCAUUGGGAUCACGCCGGCGGCAAUGAUGAAAUGUUGGCUCAAUUUGGAAAGCUCCCCGUCAUUGGUGGCAGCAAUUGCAAAUCCGUGACAAAAACCCCUGCCCAUGGUGAAGAGUUCAAGAUUGGCGAUCGCAUCACGGUCCGCGCUUUGCACACCCCCUGUCACACCCAGGACAGCAUCUGCUACUUUAUGCAAGAUGGGGAUCAGCGAGUGGUCUUCACUGGAGACACUCUCUUCAUCGGUGGCUGUGGGCGAUUCUUUGAGGGUAAUGCCGCAGAAAUGCACCGAGCACUGAACCAGACACUAGCUGCUCUACCUGAUGAUACCAAGGUCUACCCCGGCCAUGAGUACACCAAGGCCAACGUCAAGUUCUGCCUGCACGUGUCGCAAACUGAGCCCAUCCGGAAGCUCCAGGCCUUCGCAGAGGCGAACAAAGAAACGCAGGGCAAAUUUACCAUUGGGGAUGAGAAGCUCCACAACGUGUUUAUGCGUGUUGAGGACCCCGAGAUUCAGAAGGUGACGGGCAAGACCGAUCCAGUCGAGGUCAUGGCCGCCUUGCGAGAGAUGAAGAACUCCAUGUAA